AACUGCGGUAAACAACGCCGUAUAUCCGUUCAGUCAGAUCUUCUCCGGGAUGAAUGGGCGCUGCGGACGGACGUUAUAGAGAGCACAGCGCGUACCAGCAAGAUGAAGCACGAAUGAGAUUCUUAGCAUGUCUUUCAAGAAGGAGACGCCGCUUGCCAACGCUGUGUUUUGGGCAGCGAGGAAAGGAAACUUGGCCUUGCUUCAGCUGUUGUUGAACAGCGGCCGAGUGGAUGCCGACUGCAAAGAUGGAUAUGGCACCACAGCAUUGAUGGUGGCUUCAUACAGCGGCCAUUAUGAGUCUGUCCGGGAACUCAUCAUGCAAGGUGCAGAUAUUAAUCUGCAAAGAGAGACUGGUUCCACCGCCCUCUUCUUUGCUUCACAGCAGGGCCAUAAUGAAAUUGUCAAGCUCCUGUUUGAAUUUGGAGCAUCCACAGAGUUUCGGACAAAGGAUGGCGGCACGGCGCUCUCCGCAGCCUGUCAGCACGGUCACUCCAAAGUGGUGGAGACCCUUCUGAAGAACGGCGCCAAUGUCCACGACCAGCUCAAUGAUGGUGCAACGGCCUUAUUUUUGGCAUCCCAAGAGGGUCAUGUGACUGUAAUACGGCAGCUUUUGUCAUCUGGGGCUAAAGUCAAUCAACCCCGAGAGGAUGGCACAGCUCCGCUCUGGAUGGCAGCCCAGAUGGGACAAAGCGAGGUGGUAAAAGUUCUGCUGCUACGAGGCGCAGACCGUGAUGCAGAUAGAAAAGACGGCUCCACGGCUCUGUUCAAGGCUGCACAUAAAGGCCACUGUAACGUCAUCGAGGAGCUCCUCAAGUUCUCCCCUUCACUCGGCCUUCUGAAGAACGGUUCUACAGCUCUUCAUGCUGCUGUCAUGGGUGGGGAUCCAAAAACAGUUGAACUUUUGCUGAAGGCAAAUGCUGAUCCAGCUUUACCCAACAAGCACGUUCUGAUGGUAUCACGUUCUCUCUGCAGAACAAUGAACUGCCGGAGGAUCUGACGAAGAACGAGCGCAUCCUACGAGUCCUGCGUCUGGCCCUGCUGAACGCAGCGAGUUGAUGACUGCUGGGUUUGCUCUUAGCUCUCUGCUGUCUUUGUUUUUGAGUUGAUGAAAAAUGAAUGCACUACGUCCUCCUGAGAGAGGAGAAAUCAGAGCUUUCCUGUCUCAUACAGACGAUGUUAUAAUGGUGCUUGCUUGCAACAACACAAAUGCACUGAAAAGCAGAAUUGCUUAUUCUUCAUCUUGGAAAUGUUAUGAUAUAAUGUAAUGUCAUUCAGUUUUUUUUUUCUUAAGCAUUUAUUACAUUUGUAUAUUUUGUAAGAAGCAGCUUAUGCUUUUUGUUUAAAAAAUUAAAUGCUUAAAAAAUUGUUUUAUAAAAUGAAUACAUUAUUUUGGUGAUAUUAUUUUAGUAGUGUCUUGUAGCCUGCAAAUAUAUUUUAAUUAAUAGCAUGUUUUCGUCAAAAGAGCUCAUGAAUCAGUGUUUAUGCCAUACGACUACUAAAACAAAGAAAGGAAAUCUUCACAACCAAAUAAAAAAUAGUCACAACACAAUAAAAAAAAAGCUCAAUACUUAUUCGAUAAAAAAUUACUCUUGGCUCUUUGAUGAGUAGUUGUUCUUGACAUAUUUAUUUUCUGCUUAAUGGAAUGUGGACUUUAUUUUCUUUAGAAAAGUUUCAAUCUUGGCGCUUACACGUUCGUUUUCUUAACAUUUCAUUUAGCAUUUUGUCUGUGAAUGAAGUGUGUUAAACUGUAUAUUUGUCAAAACAAUAAAUGUAAACG